AUGGAACAUUCAUCACCGCAGCAACCCAACAGCUCCAACGACUACCAGCCCAGCCCUACCGCCACAAACAGCACAUCAUCCGUGGCCCCAAUGACAUCAACAGCAUCAGCAUUGUACGCCCGUCGGGCGGCCAAGAACCCCCCCUUCGAAGCCAAAAUCCAACAUAUGUCCCUCAAGCUUGCCCCCCUCGUCCAGCUAACAACGGGUCUCGUCCACCCUAACUUCCCGCGCACGCUCCUCGCCUUUUGGCUAUUAACAGAAGACCAACUAGACGAUCUGGCACACUUCUACCACCAGCGCACGCCGUGCGAGUGGACGCAGCACUACCCGUGCCCCGUGUCGUGGCCGCCAGGGCUGACGCUCGAGGAGAAGCGGAGGAAGCUGGGCAAGUUUAUUGGAUUGAGGGGGUGCGAUACGCCUAUUGAGCAGCUGGUAAGGGACGAUGUUGCCAAGGCCAUGGAGAGGAGUGAAGAGGAUAUCGAGAGAGACGCUGCUGAAGUCAGGAGGAGGGGAGGGACGAGCAGUGGUGAUGACAUGGAUGAGAUCAGGAGGAAAAUGGGGUGGUACUAA